AUGUGGCGGGUGAGGAGCCUCGGCUCUCCGGCUACGCCACAGCGGGGAAAGUCCGAUAAUCGCCUUCCUCUCCAGGAAAUCUUCUUGCAACCAAAUGCUGUUCCCAACCCUGGGAAAGUCACCUUGGCAAGUUCCAAGAAGAGUCCCAUGUUAUAUCGGUCAUGGUCACAGCCUGAGGACAGCAGCUUCCCACCUGCACUGGAAUUUUCUAAAACCAUCUGGACAGAUUUUCCUUCAGAACUGCCAUAUGUGCCUUUGAAGGAGCUUAAGGCUUCCCUGGGUGACACAGAAGAACACUGUUUGGAUCUGGUUUCCCAAACCAGUUCUACUUCCAGAACCUCUGAAGGAGUAGAGGCCCCAUUGAAUAAUGAUGUGGUAAAAACCUUGGUCCCCUCUCCUUCCCAAGAAAGAUCUGGCCAAGGACUGCAGUCAGAUAUUCCACUUGAGAUGGUCUUGGGUGCUAAGGCAGAGGCAAACAUCUUUCUCACCCUUUCUCCAAGUCUGACAGAUACAGUGACCACAGGGAUAACACCUUGUCUGAAAGGCAUCGCUGUAGACGGUAUCAUUGCCAAGCCAGUGAGAGCCAUCUCACAGAAUGCCCUGUCACAUCUUUUCACAGAGGGCUCCCCCAGUCACUGUUCUGAGCAGCAUCACCCAGAUGAAAGCUCUAUAGGCAAUGGGACAAAAGCUGUCCCUAAGGUCUCUGCGCCUCUGACAAGCAACUCUCUGCUGCCUUCUUGUAUGCAACAAUUUCCCACUUCAUCUGUCUCAGGGGUCAGUCACCCUACCAGCCUUACAGACCUUGGAUUAGGAAGUACAACACUCACUGUAGAAGGAGGGGAACUGAAACCUUCCCACCCAUCAGAGGAAAUCCAGCUGGCAGAAGGCUCAUCACUCCCUACUCAGAAUCCAGCAAAAACUGUACCUCAGGUGGCUCCAGUUGCUACAGUGGAAGACUUUAGUCAAAAUCAUAGCCCCAGUACUGGAUCAUGGAAGUCCCCACUAGCAUGGUUAGAUAAAGGUGUGAAUACUUCAGCUAUGCUGGAAAGUCUACGCCAGAGCUUCUCCCUUCCUACUUUAAUGUUAGAUAUAGGGACCAGCAUUACCCCUGUCUCUUCGAGCCCUGUCACCCCAACCUUGCUGGAAAAGAGUACCAACACAUCUCAGGAAGGGAAGGCCAAUACAAAAGACAUUGCCUCUGAGACAGAUUCCUUACUUUGGUGCCAACCUCCAGAUAUGAGUGCCUUGUCUAGACGUGACCUGGAAGAUCAUCUGCUUAACUCCCUCAUUGUUCUGGAGGCCCUCUCACGGCAGCUUCGGGAUCGGCAGAAUACUGGGGCUACCUCUUACCCCAAAGUCCAGGAUAGUUGCACUCAGACCGAUAUCUUUCUCAAUGGGGUGGCAGAUGAACUACAGCACCCACAGAAGAGUCAGGAUGCCCAUCAGGAACUAGUACAGGCCAAGAAUAUCAUGCAAUCAUGGACUCUGGAGUCCCAGGAGCUCUUACACUUGCUAAACCAAAGCCUCCUAAACCUAAAGGAGGACUGGUUGGCAGCAGAUCAGGAGCACCAACAAACAGAAGCCUUAGUCUCUCAUUGCUGGGAGGUGCUGAAGACAGCUAGGACAAAGCUCCAGAACCUCUUGGAAGAAAAGGAUGAAGCAAGGAGCCGGGAAGAAACAGCCCUUAGAGGAAGAAAUGCAGCAGAGACAAUAUUGGAAGCCUUCUGUGCACAUUUCAGUCAGCGUAUCAGCCAGCUCCAGCAGGAUUUGGAGUCACAGCUGGAGCUCUGUGAUCUCCUGAGGAAGACCCAAACCCAGCAGAUGUCUCUACACUUGGAAGAGAAGGAAGUGACUCAGCAAGCAACACAGCUUGCUUCCACCUUACAGGAGGACUGGAGUACAAUGCAGCUAGAUUAUACAACGUGGACAGCCAUGCUCAGUCAGGCCCAGCAGUUAAUAGAGGCUUUGAUAAUCAAGAGUCAGAAGGCUUUGCAGGAGCGAGACGUAGCCAGUGAAAAGGAGGAACAGGUUUCCUGGCAGCUGGAUCAGGUCUCUGCUCAGUUAAAGGAUUCAAAGGCCCGAAUUGAACAGCUGGAACUGGAAAACAGACGACUGGCAACAGAUUUGCAGUUGCAGCUACAGAGCCUGGCUAACACUGAGGGUCAUCUGGAGAAGCUCCAGGACCAAUAUGACCAUUGUGUCCGAGAUCUGGCCUCACGAGAUGAAGCCCUUGCUGAGCUCACCUUGAGUAGGGAUGAACAAGUUGCCUGGUGGCAGGAGGCAGAAUCCACCCUGAAGUCAGCUCAGCUGGAGCUACAAGAACAACGGGCAGCCCUUCUGGAGGAGGUUCGAGAACUGAGGGAGACUUUAGAGUUUCUAGACCAAGAGAAUCAGGUGGCCCACACAGAGUUGACUAGGUUGGAGUCUCAGCUAAAGACCACUCUGUCAGCACUCCAGGAGCGCAAUUUGCAGUGCGAGGAUCUCAAGGACUCCGUGGAUGGUCUUGAGGCCAGGCUGACUGACACAAUAGCAGAAGCCCAGGAGCUGAAGAAGAUGCACCAAAAUUCCCCAGAGAUGUCCAUGCUUACUCAGAGCUUGCAUAACCUGGUACUCUCACUCCGAACAACAUUAAAGAAGGAGCCUGAGCUAGGGAGCCAUCCUCUGAGCUCGGCACCGACCACUGCCCAGCACCUCCAGCCCAGUGAUAACAGCUUCCUGGGCAGUGUCUUGAGAGCUAUGGAAGGAGAGUUAGAUCCUGACCUCAACUCUUUGCUCAGAAGUGACAGAAGUGCCUUUACCCAAGUGGAAUCUAAAGCAUUCCUUUGGCCUGCAGGUCAGGGGGUCCCCCACACUGAGAAGAGUUUGGAAGAGAUGACUUGCCUGUUGAAGGAGGCUCAGAGCCUGUGCUCUCAGCUUCAGGACUCUAAAGAAAAAGCUGUUGGGGCUUUGCAGCAAGAAAUAUGCAGUUUACAGGUCAAAUUGCAGGCCCAGGAGGAACAGCAUCAGGAGGCCCUGAAGAUUCAAGAGGCAGAGGUGAAGAAGCUCAGCCAAGCCCUAUGUGUGCGCAAUAAGAGUGAGAAGGAACUCCAGGAGGUGAUAGAGAAGCAGGACAAGAAGAUCCUAGAACAAAUAGAUAAGAUUGGAGAAUUCACAAGCCUUCGAGAAGAGGUAACGCAGCUCACCCGAUUGUUACAGCGAUCAGAGACUGAAGCCAAGGUGCUCCAUGAGGCUCUGGCAUGCCAGCAGAAUCCGAAUAGUCAGCCCAUGGACACUGCUUGGAUUCAGGAGAAAGUGUGGCUAUGCCAGGAGGUUGAUAAACUGAGGCGAUUACUUCUUGAUAUGGAAAACGAGAAAGCAGCACUCUUGGUCAAAUCACAGAGCCAUAGGAACAUUUUGGAAGAGAAUCUGAGGUGUUCAGAAAAGGAACUCGAGAAGCUAGAUGACCUCUUUGAACAGAUCCAUGAGGCUUUGUCCAACGUUCCUGAAGUUGUGAGUGGAUGCAAGGAGUUGCAAAAAGUGAUGCAGUUACUGAGAUAAUUAACAUAAAGUAAUGAGAGAUUGGACCUGUUUUUUAGGAUCUGGGGUAGAGAGGAGGAAA